CUUACCAUAAACAAACACGCUACCAUUGUGUCCAUACGAGAUUCUGUAAAACCGUCUUUCGAGUACGGCAGCAAGAAACAACAAUUACUCUGUUCUUAAGUGUGCGUGUUUUUUAGUCCUGUUGGAGACAUAGACUUGUUUGUUUUCCUGUGCUGUCUUUGAGGGUUUCGUUUCGUUUCAUUUCAUCAUUUCUUCUUCUUGUGUUUUUGCCCAUCGUAGUCAUGCUCUCUUCCAGCAGUGAUGAUGAAUAUUUUGGCAAUUUAGCUGUCUAUACGCCGCCUAAAAAGUCCCGUUAUGUUUUGGACAACACGGUGCCGGACUCGAUGUUUCGGAACAGAGUUCUCGUGAUGUUACACCGGCUUAACGUGCCCAAGUGGAAGGGAAUUCCGCCCGCACAUUCAAACAAAUUGAUUAUCAAACGUUUGUCUGGUGCCCUUACGAACGCAGUAUACUUCGUGGCUCCGCCUGAGAACGUGGAUGCACCGAAGCUUUUGCUGCGCAUUUACGGACCGAAUGCGAGUUUGUUUAUCGACCGUACACACGAACUUGCCAAUCUACGUCGUCUUGCUCGACACAAAAUCGGCCCUUACUUGCUUGGAGAGUUUGCCAACGGUCGUUUUGAACAAUGGUUAGACUCCAUCACACUCACAAGAGACCUGGUCCGUGAUCCAGUGCUGUCCAUUUUUAUUGCCAGACGUCUUUGUGAAAUGCACUUUGCCGUCACCUUGAGUGAGCACGAAUUGCACGAGCUACCAACUGUUUGGCAUAACUGGUUCAAGUGGCUUCCUCCCGCACGUGAGGCUGUGAAAAAGUUGAGAAAGCCGCUGCCUACAAUGACCGUAGAAGCGUUUGCUAGUUUGGAGCGUGACUUCGCUGCUUACUACCAAUGGUACCUGCAGUGGUCAAGCGACAAGAAACAAUGGCCCGUACUUAAGCUCGUUUUUUGUCACAACGACUCCCAGUAUGGCAACAUCCUCAAACGUACGGCGAGACGUCGUGCACUUCGUUCUCCCGCUGCUGCUCAUCGUGUUCUUGUGCCCGUCGACUUUGAGUAUGCUGGACCGAACCCUCGAGCCUUUGACAUCGCCAACCACUUUGCAGAAUGGAUGGCUAAUUACCAUCAUCCUACUCACAGCUACGCCAUGGAUUCUGGCAGUUUCCCCACUGUUGAGCGGCGCCAAGAGUUUUAUCAGGCGUAUGCCGAGCAGGACGCGGUGCUCAAUCAUAAGCUGACGCUUUAUGAUGCAGCCAAGUUGUCUACUGAUCUUUCUCCCGAGCUUCGUGAGAGCAUUGAAACUUACAUGCAGCAAUGUGAAGCAGCAAUGCGUGCAAUAAUGCCUUCUGUUCACGCAACUUGGGCUCUUUGGGGCAUUUUGCAACACAUUGAAGACGAGAAUGAUGAAUGGGUUGAUGUGGUUGACGGCAGUGACACAGAAGAGCAUGCAGCUGCUCCAGCGUCUACUGAAAAUGCUCCCAAAGAGCACGUUCCGCCCAUUGGUUCGUCUGACUUCAACUACUUGGGCUAUUCAGACGCAAAGCUCAACCUGUUUUACCAGUGUUGUGCUUCCUUGGGUCUUGAGUCUCGAGGCCGUGAUGAAUUUCCAUAUAACGAUAUUUCGAAACAAAAUGAGUAGAAGAAAAGCCUUGGUCCUCUCAGCUAAUUCUUUGACUUCUUUUUUUUUUCUUUCAUGCACAAGCUCCUUUUCUCACUCGUUUUGUCCUCUUCAUUUUUAAUUCCUUCCAUCCGUUUGAAUGAACUAAUCAUUAUUCGAGACAAACUGUGUGUCAUUGAUUUCCAGUUUCAGUGCCAACAGGAAUGAACGAACCCACCUUUCCAUCAUUGGAGCAUUACUCAGUUUGUUCCUAUUUACAAGAUCGUAUUGUGUUUUUUUUUAUAUAUUCCCGUUUAGGAGAAGCAUUUCCUCACCAAGCUCGGCUUUCUUACGAGUGCACCAAGACUACGGGAGAAGAUAAGGACUCAUCAGGUAGUCUCCAUACACGCGCACACGUACGCAUGUACAACGUCUCGUUUAGGCUUCUCCUUCACGCAAUCACUCUUUCUUCACCUUCAAGGAAUCAAUCAUCUCAUCAACCGUGGAUAGCAGGAUGAAUGAAAUAGUAAUCACACAAGCACUACGCUCUAUGACACUUUUUAAAAUAUCACGGUUUAUGUGUAACUCAAAUUAAAUAUUCAAUACCAUACAGAAGACAUAAACGGUAGAUGGAUCAUGAGUCCACCUCAUGAUUAUAAACG